AUGUCUGAUCAAUCUGCGCUAUCUGAAGAACUUCUCGCGCUAUCGUCAAUCUUCGGUGAUGAAUCGUUCUAUCCGGUGGACCCUAAUAAUCCCUUAUCUCCAUAUAUUCUCAGAAUAAAUUUAACGUCCGAUUCGACAAAUCAAACAUUCUCUUCCCCAAAAUCGAUCACACUAACGCUCUAUUUCCCAUCUACGUAUCCAUCACAAGAUCCACCAGUAUAUGAAAUCAAUAGUCUCUACUGUGGUACACUCAAGAUAGAGGACGAAAUAAAAAAAGAAAUACAUGAGGGAUUUAAAGAAUUAUUUAUACCCGAAGAAGUGGUCAUAUUCCAAUGGGCAGAGUGGUUGAGAGAAUAUAUGGAAGGAAAGUUGGAUGAAGUGGAAAGUAAAAGUAGAGUUGAUGAAGAAGAUAGUAGGAAUAGAGAGAAUAGCGGAAUUAAUCAUAGAGAUCAUAAUGACGGUAAUAUUAAUGGGAAUCAUAAUGAUGAAAGUAGUAAUGUCAGUGACCUUCGGGGCGACUUUUCAACCAGCAAUGCGGAUGAAUUAAAUUUAGCGUGUCCAUCAAUAACUCACGGCACACCGUUAGAACACAAAAAGUCUGUAUUUGUUGCUCAUCUUGCGCCGGUGAAUAAUGUUAAUGAAGUGAAGGCAGUAAGAGAGGCCUUGCUAAGUAAUAAAAAGAUAGCGAGAGCUACGCAUAAUAUAUUGGCGUAUAGGAUUGUACUAGAAGGAGGAGUCAUACUGCAAGACAAUGAUGACGAUGGAGAAGACGCCGCCGGAGGAAGGCUACUUCAUCUUUUACAAAUACUCGACGCGAAGAAUGUGUUAGUAAUUGUCUCUCGGUGGUAUGGUGGGAUAAAACUUGGCCCUGAUCGAUUCAAGGAUAUCAAUAAUUGCGCAAGAGAUUUGCUCGAACAGUGUGGAUACAUCAAUGGCACUGCACCGCCUGCUGAAGGGGGUUCAAAGAAACACAAGAAGACUAAGAAAUAA